UCAAUGUGCAGGGGUACUGGAGUGGUUGUAUUUACAGGUCAGUGUCAGUACCUUAUUCAAUGUGUAGGGAUACUGGAGUGGUAGUAUAUACAGGUCAGUGUUCGUACCUUAGUCAAUGUGCAGGGGCACUGGAGUGGUAGUAUAUACAGGUCAGUGUUCGUACCUUAUUCAAUGUGUAGGGGUACUGGAGUGGUAGUAUUUACAGGUCAGUACCAGUACCUUAUUCAAUGUGCAGGGGUACUGGAGUGGUAGUACAUACAGGUCAGUGUCAGUACCUUAUUCAAUGUGCAGGGAUACUGGAGUGGUAGUAUAUACAGGUCAGUGUCAGUACCUUAUUCAAUGUGCAGGGAUACUGGAGUGGUAGUAUAUACAGGUCAGUGUCAGUACCUUAUUCAAUGUGCAGGGGUACUGGAGUGGUUGUAUAUACAGGUCAGUGUCAGUACCUUAUUCAAUGUGCAGGGGUACUGGAGUGGUUGUAUAUACAGGUCAGUGUCAGUACCUUAUUCAAUGUGCAGGGGUACUGGAGUGGUUGUAUAUACAGGUCAGUGUCAGUACCUUAUUCAAUGUGCAGGGGUACUGGAGUGGUUGUAUAUACAGGUCAGUGCCAGUACCUUAUUCAAUGUGCAGGGGUACUGGAGUGGUUGUAUAUACAGGUCAGUGUCAGUACCUUAUUCAAUGUGCAGGGGUACUGGAGUGGUUGUAUAUACAGGUCAGUACCAGUACCUUAUUCAAUGUGCAGGGGUACUGGAGUGGUUGUAUAUACAGGUCAGUACCAGUACCUUAUUCAAUGUGCAGGGGUACUGGAGUGGUUGUAUAUACAGGUCAGUGCCAGUACCUUAUUCAAUGUGCAGGGAUACUGGAGUGGUAGUAUAUACAGGUCAGUACCAGUACCUUAUUCAAUGUGCAGGGGUACUGGAGUGGUUGUAUAUACAGGUCAGUGUUAGUACCUUAUUCAAUGUGCAGGGGUACUGGAGUGGUUGUAUAUACAGGUCAGUGUUAGUACCUUAUUCAAUGUGCAGGGGUACUGGACUGGUUGUAUAUACAGGUCAGUGUCAGUACCUUAUUCAAUGUGCAGGGGUAAUGGAGUGGUUGUAUAUACAGGUCAGUGUUAGUACCUUAUUCAAUGUGCAGGGGUACUGGACUGGUUGGAUAUACAGGUCAGUGUCAGUACCUUAUUCAAUGUGCAGGGGUAAUGGAGUGGUUGUAUAUACAGGUCAGUGUCAGUACCUUACUCAAUGUGCAGGGGUACUGGAGUGGUUGUAUAUACAGGUCAGUGUUAGUACCUUAUUCAAUGUGCAGGGGUACUGGAAUGGUUGUAUAUACAGGUCAGUGUUAGUACCUUAUUCAAUGUGCAGGGGUACUGGACUGGUUGUAUAUACAGGUCAGUGUUAG